AUGUUCGGUAGUAAAUUAAAAACUUGGAUGGAAAAUCACAUCGGACGUAAUAAGAAAAAAAUACAAGAAAAAGAAAAAAAUGAUUCGUCGACGACGACGACGACGACGACGACGACGAGGAAUGGACGAACCGUCAUUUUGGAUUCGUCGGAAAGUUUAGCACAAAGCGAUACCGGAAUAUCAUCGAGUUCGCAACAGGUUUUAUCAUCUUCCAUGACUGAUAACAACAACAAAGAAGGCGGUUAUUACACGACGACGAUGGAAUCUGAAAAAAGUGGAAUGACUCAUUGUUUAACGGCUAUUAGUUUACCAUCACCGGAAUCUGCUUAUUCUACAGGGUAUUCGACGGAUGGAGCUUCACCGGGAGGAACGGGACCUCCGGAAUAUUACAUAAAUAUCCGAACGGGAAAACAUUAUUUUCCAUCGCCGGCUCCGACGCCGACAUCACCCCAACCCAAUAAUCCUACAUUCGCUCAAUAUCAUUCCGAAAAUCAAUACAUGACGACAACAUCAUUCCUAACGAGUAAUUGUUCGCUUCCGAGAGGGUAUUUAUCACAUCCAUCUCAUCAUUAUUCAGGGUUAUCAGUCGUCGUAGUUGAUAAAAACGAAUCGUGUGACGGGUACACGACGACCAAUGGUUUAAGGAAUCGUCUAUCAUCCGUCACAUCACAAACGGUUUUUCCAACCAAAACUUUUUUCCCCGAGUCGUCUUCUCACAAAUCCGUUGGACCGGAAGACCGUGAACAAGUCAACAAAUCGUCGUCGAUUCCACCACUAUCGACUUCCGGCGGUUACGACAACAGUUCGAAAUCUCCGAGUCAAAUCAAAUCCCCGUCGAAAUCUCAGUUAAGUUCAUUUAAAUUGUUUUUAAAAUCCCCUAAACAAGAUAAAUUUAAAGACGAUGGUAAAAAUUGUUGUAAAAAAAUCCUUUCGCCGAAGAGUAAAAAAUGGUACAAGCAACCCUUUCAAAAAUUCGCCAACAACAAGAGAACAUCGACGGAUUCAACCGCCGAGGGAAACGUUUUCCAUAAUAAUAAUACUAAUAAUAAUAAUAAUAAUAAUAAAAACGAUGGGAGAAAAGACGUUAUAGGGGAUAAAAAUGUUUAUUACGUGUCGAAAGAAAACGCGGCGUCACCCAGACAGAGAAACAGGAUAAAAACAAAUCCCUGGCUUCCGACGGAACCCAUGUCAUCUCAAAAUUUUCAAAUCAAUUUCUCACCGGAUCUGAUGAUGAGAAAUCGAUCGUGCACGAACACGCCGUUGCAAAAUCGUAAAAUAAACGAAAACGUCGAAAACGUUCAAAAUCGAUUUCAGGAAAUGAACGUUCGAUACGACGAACGUUCGAAAGACUAUUUAAAAACGCUCGAAAAGGUUGUGAGUCGUCACGUGGGACAAAAAUUAUACCACCUGGAAUUGAGCGAUCAUUCCGAAGAAGAUGUCACGUUGAACGAAAUGAUGGGAACGUAUAAUGAAAGUUACGUUUACGAAAAGGAAACGGAUAUACUUAGCGACAGCGAUCCGACGGAUUGUGAAGAUUACGUAACGGAUUCGGAAGCUGAUAACGGAGGAGAUGAACAAGAUUCACACGAUGACGAAUUGGAUUUUAUUGAUAACGGAUCCAUAACGGAAACGGAUGAAAAAAAUAUCACGGGAAAUCCGGGAAAGUGUACCUAUCACGAUAUAUACGUUUCAAAAAAAAAUUCAUUUUUAUACAAAUCCGAAAGGCAUCAUCAUCAUCAUCAUCAUCAUCAUCAUCAUUCUAGAAAGGAUUCGGAUUCGAAAAAAAAUUAUCGUAAAGAAAAAGAUGUUAAAAUGAGAAAAACGAAAGAUAAUGAAAAAGUUAAUGAGAAGUUAAGGAGAAAAUCCGUUGUUAGGAAAUCGUUUAAAUGCGACGAAGAUGAUUUAAAAAGAAAACCGGAAGUCAAAGUCAAAGCGGAACUCAAUGAAAACGUGGGUGGAUUGAAUUUGAGUAGGGUUUUGAUGGAAAGAAUGAUGAGUAAAAACGGUUCGAAAAGUGCCGACGGUACACCGGUUUCGAUAAGGAGGCAAAAUUUGAUAAAAGAACUCAGGGAAACGUAUAUCGGUUCAGAGAGUAAACAAACGGGACAAGAACAACAACAACAACAACCGGAAAAACAAAAUGAAAAAUCAAUUAAUAAAAAAUUAUUCGUCGUGGAUAUAGAAGGUGAUAAGAAAUACGACGAAUUGAUAACGGAAGCGGAAAACAUAUUUCAAAGCAUGCAAAAUAGUCCAAUUUUUCAAAAUCGUAAAAAAAUUAUUAUUAAACCCGAUGACGAUCGGGGUGGUGAUGAUGAUGAUGAUGAUGAUGAUACACGUUUAAACGCGAAUAAAAUGUCGGAUACUAUCGACAUAUGGAAAAAUGCUGAAAAAAUGUGCGAUUUGGUUUUAACGGAACAGGAAGUGGUUACGUCGUUGCGAAAAAGUCCAAAAAAUUUAGGUUUGAAAUUAUUCGACGAAAAGGAAAUUCUACAAACCCCUAGAAAAAUCAAACAAUUAGAUUUUUGUAGAGAGAAAAAAAAAAAUAAUUCGUUUAAAACAAAAUCGUCUGCUGCACACAGUCCUCUCGAUCCUCUCGGUCCGACGUUUAAAAAUUUUUCUAUAUUUAAACCCGCGAACCCGAUCCAAGAUGUUAAAAUAUCGUUAAGUUCAUCCGACGAAUUCGAGGAAAGACCUGGGGAAAAUAACGAACGGGUACCGGUACCCGUACCCGUACCCCAAAUAAUUCCCCUCGUCGAAUCAUCUCCCGUCGUUCCCAUCGCAUUUCAAUCCGUUGAUUUGGGACAACCUUUGACCUCUUACUGCCCUCAAUCCGAACCCGUUAAACGUAAGAUUUACACGUGUAGUAAAACGUACGAUAAACUCGUCAAAAGAUUCGAAAACACUCCGAAAAUAUCUCGCGAAGAAACCGGACAAAUUCGUUCGCGUCACGAAUCCAUAAUGUUAAAAAAGAAAAUGUCGACGAGAAAUUUGGAAAACGAUCAUUAUAAAAAAUCUAAUAAAAAUAAUCGCGGACAUUUUCGCGAACAACAAGACAAAAAAGAAAAUAUAAAUAACGAAAGAAUAUUCAAUAAUAAUAAUAAUAAUAAUAGUAAUAAUUUUUACCCUGGAGAAAUUAUUUUUCCAGCAGCAGCAGCAGCAGCAGCAGCAGUUGCACCACCACCACCAUCAUCAUCUUCAUCAUCAUCAUACGAAUCAAAUCAUUUGAAACGUUCAGCGCCUGCAAUAAAAACAAAUAGGCAAUUACACGACUCGAACGUAUUGAGAUAA